UACCUUGAGUAUAGUGGACGACUCCGGAGAAGUGACGUCAGGGGAAAACAAAAUGGCGGGUCCUGGCAAUGUUUGGGAAGACCUGCGUAAGCAGGCCCGUCAGUUGGAGAAUGAGAUUGACCUGAAGCUGGUCUCCUUCAGUAAACUGGGCACCAGCUACUCCAGCCAGGGACAUGUACAAGACUCAAGAAGGGCAGAGUCAUCACCAUUGCUGGGGAGUACUAACAGUGAGCACAUGUUUGAGACCAUGGCUUUGGAGAUAGAACAACUGCUAGUGAAGCUGAAUGAGGUGAAUGACAAGAUGGCAGAGUACUCCCAGAAUGGAGGCAUCCACACCAACAACCCCUCCCUCAUGCACACCCUCCAGAGACAUCGCGACAUCCUCCAGGACUACUCUCUCGAAUUCAACAAAACCAAGACGAAUAUUUCCGCCUACCGUGACCGCGAGGAGCUGCUGGGAUCCGUACGCCGCGAGAUUGACAACUACCACAAGGGUUCGUCCGUUCAGAACCGAAGAACGGACUUGCUUCUCAAGGAGCAGGAGCACACGCGGAGCGCAGACAGAGUCGCUGACGAGGCGAUAAACAUCGCCAUGGCAACCAAGGAGAAUCUUAUGGGGCAGAAGGGCAUGCUGGGAGGAAUCACGACCAAAAUGAACACGCUAGCGAAACGUUUCCCAGUGAUUAAUAACCUCUUCCAGAAGAUAAACUUGAGGAAGAGACGGGACUCGAUAAUACUGGGCACUGUGAUAGGUGUCUGUGUGAUACUGUUGCUGCUGUAUGCCUUCCGCUAAUCUCUAUCAGAUAGAGAUCUUUCAUGUCAUAUUGCUCUCCAGCUAAAUAAUGUAAAUUCAUUCAUUUUUGCCAUGCUUUAUUUCGUAUACCGUUUCUGAAGUAGUUUCUGUUGUAAUACAAUGGAAAGACAUUGAUAGUAUAUAGACUCAGAGGUCACUGCAUAAACAAAAUCACAUGAAAAUCUAAAGAUUUCCAUUCAAAAAAGUUGAAUGUUAAAAAAUGACUGUAGUAAAGAUAUACAUUACACCUUCCUAAUUGCGUUAAAUUUUUCUUGACCUAGAUUGUAUGUAAUAAUAUUAAUGUAAUGUUUCAGUUUGCUACAUGGUGAAAAUGUUGAUAAAUUCAAUUUCAGUUGAAACAAUAAAAGCACACAAUAAAGGAAAGCACAAACAUUCACUUUCAGAUGAGUGAAGAUAAAUAGAAUUUCACUAAUUAUAUCAUAUUGAGGUGUGCUCAAUAAAAUUGCUUGGUGCAAGGGAAAAUUCAACUAUUACACAGAUAGAACACAGGUAUGGUGAGAGGAAUGUAAAUGCAGAGGACCAGUUUAUGUUAUAUAUUCUUUAUAAAGUAGUGAAUAUAUGUGCAAAGAGUAAGAAAACAUCAUUUUGUUUAAAGCCAUUUAUCUAUGUAAAUGUCAUAUGUUUUCAGUCAUCUAUUGUGGUGGGGGAUGAAGAAUGUAUUGAAAAAA